AUGUUUAUGCUCAGGAACGUGGGUAAACUCAUUUUCGGUGACGCUGCGAAGGAAUCUAUCAUCGAAAUCCCCCAGGGUCAGCUGUAUAUUGUUCGACCUCUCUCCCCCAAGGGCUACUCUGAACUUAUCUUCAAGGACGCUGCGGCAAGCAUACGACGGACUGGUCAAGAAUUCCAGUACCAGCUUGUAAUCCAGAGAGCUUACGAAGAAGGCGAAGAAGAACUUUCUGCGGAAGGCGACGAAAGCGGUGAAAUUGAGGGUCUAGGAGGCGACAAGGACGAAAAGAUCUUUUUGGUGGAUGAGAGCCUUCGUCUCCGAUCCGAGCUUCGAGAGGAAGGCGAGAAGGUGAUAGCCUGGAGAGACCUAAGCGGUGACGUGGGCGACCUCUACGAGUUCGUUUGCGAUCCAUCGACGCCACAGGAAAAGGUUGCAACAUUCCUUCUCGCGGCCGUGGAGUGUCAGUACGAGCGCAAAUAUCGCCGUAGCACGCAGCAAGCAACAGACGCACAGCUCCAGGAAUUUGAUUUUGAAGAAGAGAGCCCGAUUCCCAACGCAAGCCCUAUCACUACUUCACCCCAUCCAGCUUCUCCCACUUCCAAAGAAUCUGCAACGGUGAUGGCAAAAGAAGUUGUUUCACCCAAAGGAAAACAUAAUGAUGCGGCUAUUCAUUCCUCUGAGGAGACAGUUGCACCCCCGUCUGCUUCGGUUCCGAAUGCGACCGAGAUCCUUGCGAGUGAGACUGCCGAGCUUCAUCUAUUCGAUUUCAACAGUGGAACGUUCGUCCUUCAGGACCCAUUGGUCACUGCAACAGUUUCCGAAAUUGGCUCCUGGGAUUACUGGUUACAAAUUACGGGCUCUGAGCGGGAAUGGCUCGGCCAGCCCGUCGUAGCUGAUAUCAACCCGGUGUUCAACUUCGAGUAUCUCUCAUUCAUCUUUAAUCAUUAUACUGAAGAUGGAUCUGCUUAUUCUUGGCUGCUGCGAUUCAAGGACCAGAAAGUAGAGGAACGGUUCCAAGAAGGAUUGAUGCAGGCGCUGUGGGAACGUCUCAAUGAAAUCAAGUGGUCAAAAACCAAAGAAAAUGACCGUGAUUAUGUUCUAGAAGCAUUCAACGAUCUUUCGGUGGAAGAUAAAAAAGAAGAAGAUGCUAAGGAGCUGGAAGAAGAGGAAGAGGCUGAAGAAAUAGAGCGUGCGGAGGAAGAGGAAGAAGAUGACGGACAAAAGAGUGAGCAUUACGACACAGAUGAGGACGAAGACGACGUUGUCACCCGAGAAGAUGAUGGAAACGUCAACUCCCAGCUCGCUGUUGGGUACAAACAUGAUCGAUCAUUCGUCGUUAGAGGGUCUAAAAUCGGCGUCUUCAGACAUACUCCUAACAACAACCUUGAGUUUUCGACCAAUAUCUCAAAGGUUGAAACCCCUGAUGGGAAGCUGUUCAGCCCUAAGAAGGUCAUGCUCCAUGCGGAAGAUGCGAAUAUGAUUCUUCAGAAUGAGCAAAAUCCAAACUCUUUAUAUCGCAUGGAUUUAGAGUAUGGCAAGGUUGUCGACGAAUGGAAAGUCCACGAUGACAUUCCAGUCUUGUCGUUCACCCCUGAAACGAAAUUCUCCCAAAUGACAUCCGCGCAACCGUUUGUCGGUAUUUCACGGAAUGCUCUAUACCGUAUCGAUCCCCGUUUGGCUGGUAACAAGCUCGUUGAUGCAGACUUGAAGCAAUAUGUCAGCAAAAAUGAUUUUUCUGUUGCUUCGACCACAGAGAAGGGAUAUCUUGCCGUAGCUUCGAACAAGGGAGACAUUCGCAUGUUUGAUAGACUUGGAGUCAACGCUAAAACUCAUAUCCCUGCCUUGGGAGAAGCUAUAAUCGGGUUGGAUGUCUCUGCUGAUGGGCGAUGGGUCCUUGCUACCUGCCGUACAUACCUUCUCUUGAUUGAUGCACUGCAGAAGGAUGGAAAGAACGAAGGAAAGCUUGGCUUUGAGAAGUCGUUUGCCAAAGACGCAAAGCCACAGCCUCGACGACUAGGAUUGCAACCUGCCCAUGUUGCCCAAUUCCAACACGAAACCAAAGCUCCUCUUGCGUUCACACCCGCACGAUUUAACACUGGCCUAGACUCCUCAGAAACGUCAAUUGUCACCGCUACUGGACCAUUUAUUGUUACUUGGAACUUGAAAAAGAUCCUCCUUGGUCGCAAAGAUCCUUACACCAUCAAGCGGUACGCAGAAGAGGUCAAAGCAGAUAACUUCAAGUUUGGAAGUGAUAAAAAUGUUAUUGUUGCCCUGCCAAACGAGGUCAAUAUGGUUGCAAAGCAAAGCCUUCGAAAGCCAACUAGGGAGAGUAUUGCUGGACCCCCAGUCACCCCUGCUAGGUUCGGCGCUGGAAGGAAAGGUAGUCGACUUGGGAGAAACGAGAUCGUCAACAGUCCAUAUUGA